AGCAAUUCAUAACCAGAUUUGAUCAAAUUUGAUUAUUUUUCUUUCGACAUGAAUUUCUUCAAAGCUGUUUUCGCAGACGAUUCAGAGUCCUCAGAUGAAGAAAACCAGCCAUCUGUUUCAGAAUCUUCUAAAAGAUCACUUGAUGAUGAAGAACAACAACAAGAAGAAGGAGAAGAAUACGACCAUGAUGCAGAAGCGCCAUUGAACGAACACGAUGCAGAAUCAGAUCCUAAUCCCAACCUCAACCCUAGCCCUAAAUCUUCAGGCGGUUCUGGCUGGAGUUUUGGAGGGUUGAUUAAGAACUUGUCCACAAAAUCUGAAUCGGUACUCCAGACGUACCGUCUUGAUUUUGAGGAAUUCCGCUCCGGCCUGAAGAGGGAGACGGAUGUGAUACGCGAAGUUGCCACUCGUGCUGUGAAGGGACUUCCGGUGUCUCUUGAGGUUGGGGCAUCGGUGGCCCAGGAAUCGCUCGAGUCUGUUGGACAAGCAAUCGACGAAUUUGGGAGUUCUGUGUGGCGUGGGACGGCCGAGAUCAUCUCUCAUGGUAAGGAUGCUCUCCUUGCUGCGGAUUCCGAAAGCGAUUCUUCUGAUAGCCAACAGCUUAGUAAUCCUAGUUUUAGUUCGAAGCGGUACAGUAGAUUCGAGGCACAGGUUCAUGCAGUUCAAACUGAUGUCAAUACUUACUGCGGUGAGCCUGAGGAUUUGGAUGACUUCAAUAAGUGGAAAUCAGGGUUUGUGCUUGAGGAGAAAACGGAGGAGAUUGACACUUUAUUCGGCGAGAAUGGGGUUAUGGAGGGGACUUAUGCGAAGCUUGUUCCCAGUACCGUUGAUCAUGAGAUUUUCUGGACUCGUUACUUUUAUAGGGUUUACAAACUCAAGCAAGUGGAGGAUGCUAGGGCUAAUCUUGUGAAGAGAGUGAUUUCCAGGGAAGAAGAAGAUUUGACUUGGGAUGUUGACGAUGAUGAAGAUGAUGAAACGAAGGAAGGCUAUUCAGAGAUUGCAUCCAGGAAGAAGCCUGUCGAGGAACAAGCGGUCAGUAGCCCUAAGGUUGCUGCUAAGACGGGAGAUUGGAGCUCCCAUGAAGAAAUUGAGAACAUGGGUCGAGUUGCGGAAUCUAUUAGUGAUAAUGGGUCUGAGCUAUUAAUGGGAAAACCUGAUCAUUCAGAAUCUGGAUUGAAUGGUGAUGAGUCAUUUACCAAAUCCGAAGAGAAUGCAUUACUGGAAGGGAAGACUGACGCUGGUGAAUCUUGCAAGGACAGUGAUUUUUCUGUUGUCUCAAGUCAUCCAUCAUUGCCUGAGGAAGAAGAAGACGACCUUGGAUGGGAUGAGAUUGAAGAUCUUGAUAGUAACGACGAGAAGAAAGAAUCUGUUGGUGGGAGCCCAAAUAGAACUGAUCUUCGAAAGCGGUUGAGUGGUGCGCAUGAAGAGGAAGAUCUUAGUUGGGAUAUUGAAGAUGAUGACUAGCCUGUGAAGCCUUGAUUAAUUACUUUGAUAUUAGGACUCCGAUGGUCAGAAAAAAAUGUUACCAUUCUUUGCCCCUUUCUCCUCCUUUCUUUCCUGUAAGUUUCUAUUGUCUGCUACGAAUGUUAAUUGCAUUAUUGAUGAUUAAUAAUUGGUUGGUCUU